AUGGCCGAAGUCAAAGUUUAUGAACGAACGCUUGAGGAAACACCAACCUGGGCUGUUGCAGUUGUGUGUUUUGUGCUGCUUGCUAUUUCGAUCAUCAUAGAACAUAUUAUCCACGCUGCUGGAAAGUGGUUCAAAAAGAAACACAAAAAUGCCCUUUUUGAAGCGUUGGAAAAGGUCAAAGGAGAGCUUAUGCUGCUAGGAUUCAUAUCCUUGCUCCUAACAGUGUUCCAAGAUCCAAUUUCUAAGAUCUGCAUAUCAAAAAAUGUUGCAUCCACAUGGCAUCCUUGUGCCAAUCCAAAGACAAGUACAUCUGAGGCUAAAUCUGAUACUGAUUCUGAAACCAAUACUAGGAAACUCCUCGAAUAUUCGGAACCCAUGGCACGGCGUGUUCUAGCUACAAAAGGAUAUGACAAAUGCGCUGAAAAGGGAAAAUUUGCUUUUGUUUCCGCGUACGGGAUUCACCAGCUUCAUAUAUUCAUCUUUGUGCUAGCUGUUUUUCAUGUACUACAAUGCAUCAUUACAUUAGCUAUGGGAAGAACUAAGAUGAGGCUUUGGAAGACUUGGGAAGAUGAAACAAAGACCAUUGAAUAUCAAUUCUAUAAUGAUCCCGAGAGGUUCAGGUUUGCAAGAGACACCACAUUUGGACGAAGGCACAUGUACACUUGGUGGAGUCGGUCAUCAAUUUCCUUAUGGAUAGUUAGUUUCUUCAGACAAUUCUUUGGAUCUGCCAAUAAAGUUGACUAUUUGACAUUGAGGCACGGAUUCAUUACGGCGCAUCUGGCACCGGGAAGUGGCGCCAGAUUUGAUUUUCAGAAGUAUAUUGAAAGAUCACUUGAGGAAGAUUUUAAAGUUGUGGUGGGAAUCAGUCCAAUCAUAUGGUUCUUUGCGGUGCUAUUCCUGCUGACUAAUACUCACGGGUGGCAUUCUUAUUAUUGGCUUCCAUUCAUCCCAUUAAUUAUAAUCUUAUUAGUGGGUGCUAAACUACAAAUGAUAAUAACAAAGAUGGGACUGAGGAUUCAAGACAGAGGGGAAGUGGUAAAGGGUACACCUGUAGUUGAGCCAAGAGAUGAACUGUUUUGGUUCAACCGCCCAGGUCUCCUCCUCUUUCUGAUUCAUCUUGUUCUGUUCCAGAAUGCUUUCCAACUGGCAUUCUUUUCUUGGAGUACAUAUGAAUUCUCCAUAAACUCUUGCUUCCACAAAAGGACUGUAGAUACUGUCAUAAGACUUGUAAUGGGGUAA